GACACUUCAACAUGAGGAGUCAGGGAUCGACCCGCUGACUCUGACCGAUGAUGACCUGCCUGCAGUGACGUACCGCGGGUGAGCGGACAUGAUGCCCAGGUUUCAGGAAGUGGACUCAGCCCAGGCCCCGCCCCCUGGCAGCAGUGGCCUGGUUGCUAAGCGAUACGGCAUCCUGAAGAGUCUGGGCCGGGGAAGUUUUGGUUCAGUUUACCUGGUUCAGGACACCAAAGCUACAGACGGAGAAGAGCUAAAGGUGUUGAAGCAGAUUCCUCUGGGUGACCUUCGACCUGACGAGACGGUCCGAGCGACGCAGGAAGCCCAGCUGCUGUCUCAGCUGCACCACCCGGCCAUCCUCACCUUCUACCACAGCUUCCUGGAGAGAGACGCCUUCUGCAUCGUCACCGAGUUCUGUCAGGAUCGGGAUCUGGACUGUAAGCUGGAGGAGGUGAGACGAGCCCGGCGGAGCCUCCCAGAAAUCCAGGUCGUGGACUGGCUCAUCCAGCUGCUGCUCGGUCUUCACUACAUGCAUGACAGGCGGAUCCUGCACCGAGACCUGAAGGCCAAGAACGUCUUCCUGAAGCGAAAUCUUGUCAAAAUCGGUGAUUUCGGAGUUUCCUGCCUGCUGAUGGGAUCAUGUGACCUGGCCACCACCUUCACUGGGACUCCGUACUACAUGAGUCCAGAGGUGCUGAACCACCAGGGCUACGACUCCAAGUCUGACAUCUGGGUUCUCUGCUGCCUCCUCCAUGAGAUGUGCGCCCUGACUCACGCCUUCCAGGGUCCAAACUUCCUGUCUGUGGUGAUGAAGAUCGUGGAGGGAGAGGCCCCGACGCUGCCCUGCGGAUACUCGGAGGAUCUGAACUCUGUCAUGAAGAGGAUGCUGCAGAAACAACCAGCAUCCAGACCGUCUGCUGCAGAACUCCUCAAGAGCAAGUUCAUGGAGGAAAACAUGAAGAAAAUGAAGGACAGAUUUGUGUUUGUGUCGUCAGGAGGAGAGAAAGAUGCUGAACUCAUCGCCAAGAACAUGCAAACGAAGGUUCACCUGCAGACGCUGAUGGAGAGGUCUGAGGUCGACAAGAUGACGCCGAGAGAGAGAAUGAGGCUCCGCAAACUGGAAGCUGCUGAUGAGAAGGCAAAGAGACUCAGGAAACUGGCUGAGGAGAAAUACAAGGAGGUCCACAACCGCAGGAGAGAACUGAGGAGCCGGCAUUUUGAAAAAGUCAGCCUGGAUGUUCUGAAUGAGAGCAGAGAGGGCGGAGCCUGUAACAGUCAGCCAAUCAGCAUCCAGGACCCCUGUUCACCAGGAGGGACGCAGCCAAUCCUGAGGCAAGAUGACAGCGAGAUGUCUGAGUCAGAGCUGCACGACAUCCCGGAGGACCCUCAGGCUGCAGAAGUUUAUUACAACCAAGACGGAUUUGAUUCGUGUUCAGAGGACGAAGAGACAACAACACCAGCAGAGACGCUUUACCUGUCCGACCCGCAGAUCAGUGAGCUGGAGGCCAUGAUGAAGCACAUGCAGAAAGUUCUGGAAGAGGAACUGAGUGGAGACCCUGCAGAGCCCGAGGCCCCUCUGAGCCCUCGGGGCCCGACGAUCAACAGCAGCCUGCUGGAGACACGGAUCCAACACCUGAGAGAGUCCAUCCGCAGCCGUCUGGGUUCAGACGUCUUCCAGAAGCUGUACGAGAACCUGAAGGAAGCCAGACGGCGUGACGGCGGGGUCACAGAGGCUUCGAGUCACCUGGAGGACAAACCUGACGACGGCUUCCAGGUGGACCAGCUGCUGUUCUACGAGGACGAGCUGCAGAGAGUGAGACAGCUGCAGGAGGACAGACCACCUGUCGGACAGUCAGUAAAAAACUGAGGUAAUCUGCGUGUUUACAUCAAAAACAUAAUCAAUACCAAUGAUUGUGAUUUUCUAUUAUUUCA